AAUACUUAGGAAUUAGAAAUUACGUCCAGUUUCUCAGAAGACAAUGGGCCCACUAAACUGGAUCUCAGUCACAUGCGACGAUUGGUAGAGUUGGAUUUGUCUUUUAACGGCCUUACUGAAGUAGGAAACGACUGGUUUGAUCGAGGACCGGCUUCACUCACUACUUUGAUGCUCUCUAACAAUGCUAUUGAAAAACUUGGAGACAGAGCUUUUGCCAAUUUACCAAACCUUAAGGUUCUCCACUUGCACGGAGCUCGCUUUGGUCCCGUUAAGCGAUCCAUGUUCCCGUCUUCAGCCCAACAACUCACCGACAUCGAACUUGACAACAAUGAUCUUACAAGUAUCCCAGAUGAUUUCUUCUCCAAUAUGCCUGCUUUGCGUUACAUUUCCCUGCGAACAAAUGGUAUAACUCGUCUACCACAAAGUACUUGGGAACCUGUAUGGCAACGUAUGGACACCAUCCGUCUUGAAGGUAACCCUCUGGUAUGCGAUUCUCACAUCGACUGGAUGCGUCGGAUUACAACUUCAGCAGCUGUAUCCGGCCUGAUGCACCUCAUCAGGAGGCAAGGCUUGAUGGGAAAGGGUAAUAGGCAAUAG